CGUCGGUGUCGAGUGGUGGCGAGUCGGCCCCUCCCUCUCGCUUCGGGGGCGCCCCCUCAGCUGGCCUCGUUCGCCGCCGCCGCCGCUCGCCCCUCUCAGGGCCUUCACGGGGAGGGUGGGGGUGACUCGGAAGCCGCCGCCGCUCGCCGACCGCUUGGUUAUAGUAUGUCCAGCCGUGCCGCGCACCAGGAAGCGGCGGGGACCGCGGGAGCCGCGCAGCAGGAGCGGGGCCUGGCGGGCGCCUUCCCCUUGGUGCUGAAGAAGCUGAUGGAAAACCCGCCGCGGGACACGCGCCUCGAUAAAGAGAAGAAGGAAAAACUUGAGGAAGAUGAAGCGGCAGCUGCUAGUACAAUGGCAGUCUCUGCCUCCCUCAUGCCUCCCAUCUGGGACAAAACAAUUCCUUAUGAUGGGGAGUCUUUCCACCUGGAGUACAUGGAUCUGGAUGAGUUCCUGUUGGAGAAUGGAAUCCCUUCCAGUCCUACUCACCUAGAUCUGAACCAGAACCCACUGCUGCCUGUGGCUGAGCUGGAAGGAAAAGAACCUGCCAGUGUUUCUGCUGCUACCACCCCACUCUCAUCAUCUUCCACAGUGGUUUUCCAGCCAUCAGAAACUACGACAAGUGCAGAAUCCUCACCAGAUAACGAGAGACUGACUCCCAGCCCUGUUGAUCCAGAGUGUGUUGAGGUUGAUGUGAAUUUCAACCCUGACCCUGCUGAUUUAGUGCUGUCCAGUGUUCCAGGAGGUGAGCUCUUCAACCCUAGAAAGCAUAAGUUUGCUGAAGAGGACCUGAAACCACAGCCCAUGAUUAAAAAAGCCAAGAAAGUCUUUGUCCCGGAAGACCAAAAGGAUGAAAAAUAUUGGACUAGGCGGAAGAAGAAUAACGUGGCAGCCAAACGAUCUCGUGACGCUCGUCGCCUGAAAGAGAACCAGAUCACAGUCCGAGCUGCCUUUCUGGAGAAGGAGAAUACAGCUCUGAGGACCGAGGUGGCAGAGCUGCGAAAGGAAAUGGGAAAAUGCAAGAACAUUGUCUCUAAAUAUGAGAGCAGAUAUGGACCCUUUGACUUAUCCGAUUCCGAGUGAUGCAACUUUAAAGACUCUUAAAAUCACAAAGAAACUAAAAACUACACAUGAAACCACCUGCCAUCAGAAUGAAUAGUGAAAGAUGUGAGGUGUUCCACAACUGAUGAUGACCCUGCUUGCCUGCAAGUACCUCCCUCUGAACUACCCAAGGGCUGAGCAUGAUGAAAAGACCAAGGUCUCUAAGGGUACAUUUCUGUUGUACUGCUAUUUUUCCUUGUACCCACAACAUGCAGUACAGUUAUUAACUCUUUUCAAUGACACUUGGUGCUCGUGUCCUUGAGUUCAGUUUGAAUAAUUAGUGGUGAUCCUUUAUUGGGAGGAAGGGACAAGUAUUAAGGGAAUAUAACUAUAAUUAUUCAAGAUUUCCUUCUGUGUUUCUUUUUCAUAUCUGUUCUGUGCUUUAGAAUGGAUAUCAAUAUUGCAGCUAAAUUCUGUUAAUCUAUUGUAUCUUGUACUAUUGGAACAGAAACAGCAUAUGUGGAUAACAGAUUAAAAAGAAAUAGUUUUGGUACACUAUACAACCAACAUAUCAAUUAAAAUAGAAGUAAUGGAAAAUAACACGUACCCCAAGAUGCACUAUAUCUUAACAAAUGCUAGCAAGUUAGAUGCACCUUAUUUUCUCGGCUGAUUAAAGCUGACACUCACUUUCUGAAAUUAGCACUUUUUCUUAAGCUUGCUGACUGACAAUAGAAUGAUUGUGAUGGCAUGCUGAUGCAUUUUCACAAUCUACUCCUUGUAAUAGUCCUAAGAGAUUUCUGUUUCCUUACUUUCAUAAACCUAGAUGUGUAAUGAAGAGGGAGCAGUAUAAUAAAAGGACAGGUUGCGAAAGUAGGGUGACUCAGUUACUCAUUUUAUCUGCUGUUGCCUAUCUUCUAGAAGAUGCAAGUUCAACAUUUAGUUUACUUUUUCUUGCUGAACAAAUUGCCCCAAGUCCCUUAUCAAAAUUGGGGUGGCCUUCUGAUUGCCCCAACUGAAUAAUUACGGAAUAAUUGCUGAUUUUCACUUCUACCUGGUCCUGUACAUGUUAGAAAUAAAAUAAGCAACGUUUAUGCUGUUUUCCCCUACUAUUUUUCCCUUAAAGAUUUCUGAAUUUCACUUGAGUGCCUGAACAUAGUAUGAUGAGCAUUGGACUCAUUAAUCUGAAGCAUCAGACAUAGCACAGUUGGAAUAUCCCAUCAGAUGCAUGCCUAUGUGGUAGCAGAACCUGUUGCUUAGACUCUAGGGACAGCAAAAUAGCUUGUGGAAAUAGGGCAUUUCAAUUCUGUAGAAGUUACACCCUGAGUAUGAGCUACAUGAAACUUGAAAUGUGUCAAGAAUAGAUAUAUUUCAAAACUGGAUAAAACCCACACCAAUUUGUCAUAGGACUAAUGACUGGGUUAGCAGGCUUCCAUCAGUUGAUUAGGAAAGCAUAGCACAGAGGUUGCUAACUUUUUUAGGCUUGUGGGCACAUUUGAAAUUUUGAACAAGUGCACCAUCCCUUCUGGCCACUUCCCUCAGCCAGAUCAGCCUCCCCACAGAAAGAAGAUCACUUUUCCAAGUGAUCUUAUCCAGAAUAAUUAUUCUGGGCCUUGCAAAGGACAUGGCGCUAAAAGAGAAAGUGAAAAUAAGCAUCAUGCUUCCAAUGCUUCCAAUUUCCUCAUUCAGCUCUAUGCAUUCCAGCUCAUUAAAAGGGCAGAAAGUAAGAGGGGCUCAUUUGGCCUGUCGGAACCAUGGGAAGACCUCAGAGGCACUAUUGUGCCUACAGUUCAAUGCUGACAAUAUUUUUAUAACGUUAUACUGUUUCAAAAUUCAUAAACAGAAAACAUGUGCAUGGAGUCAUGUGCAUGGAUGUUCCAUUUAUUCAAUUCUUAUUAAUUUGUGACUCCAUGCACAUGUUUUCUGUUUAUGAAUUUUGAAACAGUAUAAUGUUAUAAAAAUAUUGUCAGUACAUUAUUAGCCAAUGUGUUGCUUGUUGUUGCUUAGAGUGCUCUGUUUGCAACACGGGAUUUUUUUGGUGUACAGUUCAAUGCUGGCAAUCCCUGCUUAGCACAAGAGGCUUCAAGAUUGCUGUUUCAGAUUCAGAAGUUGGACUUGACAGGAAAGUCCCAACACAACUAUGCUAGUAGAUUACAUUUUGCAAAACACUGAUUUUCUGCUGUUUUGAAAGCGUAAUCCCCACAAAAUUAAGAAAUUGCCUGUACUAUUUUAAUUGUUUGCAAUUAAUGCACCAGUGUGCAUAUUACUUAGUAAAAUUGACUGUGGGCUCUUUAUAGAAUCUCUCAAAAGUUGGAGAAGAUUGGUAUAACGAUUAAAUACACACAGAAAGAAAAUAAUAUCAGAAUUGUAGUACUAAUCCAAAUGAUGUGCUGCAUACCCUUAUAACUUGCACUUGGAGCCAGAUUUCCAAUACCUGUGUGUGUUACAUUAGAAAUGUAAUAUAUGGCUCUUCAUGAUAGCUGUUAAUAAUUUUAGUUCUCCAGCCAUUUUAUAGCACAAAACAACUGAAAUAGGAUAUGAAUUCCCACUUUUAAUGUGCUUUGGUUAGUCACUUGGAUGAUUUGCAUGUGUUGUACAACACGAUGCAAAGGUUAUGUGUGUAACUUUACGUGUACCUUUGUGUAGGAAGAUGAAGUAGUUGUAAUACUCUUCCCAGG